UUUUUUUUUCUUCAUAUAUCUUUUUUUUUUCCUUCAUACAUUAACUAUUUAAUCCUCACUACUAUUAUAUACCUUCCUCUUUAAACUCUAGUUUAAAAUUAAAACGUAUUGAUUAUGGGUAAAACACUUUAUGAUAAAGUUUGGGAUGAUCACAUCAUCAAUCAACAAGAAGAUGGUACAUGUUUGAUCUAUAUCGAUAGGCAUUUAGUUCACGAAGUUACUAGUCCUCAAGCAUUUGAGGGUCUUCGUAAUGCAGGCCGUCCUGUUCGUCGUCCUGAUUGCACCUUAGCAACUGUAGAUCACAAUAUCCCUACCACUUCACGAAAAGACUUUAAGAAUAUUACUUCAUUUAUUAAGGAGGCAGACUCUCGUACCCAGUGUGAAACACUCGAACAAAAUAUUAAAGAAUUUGGUUUAACUUAUUUUGGUAUGGAUGAUGAUCGUCAAGGUAUUGUUCAUGUUAUUGGUCCAGAACAGGGUUUUACUUUACCAGGUACAACUGUUGUUUGUGGUGACUCUCAUACUUCUACUCAUGGUGCCUUUGGUGCUCUUGCCUUUGGUAUUGGUACCUCAGAGGUUGAACACGUAUUAGCUACUCAAACACUUCUUCAAAAAAAAUCAAAAAAUAUGCGUAUUCAUGUUAAAGGUAAAACCUCACCUGGCGUUACUUCAAAGGAUAUUGUUCUUCAUGUUAUUGGUGUAAUAGGCACAGCAGGAGGCACAGGCUGUGUUCUUGAGUUCUGUGGUGAAGCUAUCUCAAGUCUCUCAAUGGAAUCAAGAAUGUCGAUCUGUAAUAUGUCUAUUGAAGCUGGUGCUCGUGCUGGUAUGAUUGCCCCUGAUGAAAUUACCUUUGCUUAUCUUCGUGAUAAGCCCUUGGCUCCUAAAGGUGUUGAAUGGGACCGUGCAGUAGCUUAUUGGAAAUCACUCAAAUCUGAUCCUGAUGCUCACUACGAUAUUGAUCUUGAGAUUGAUGCUGCAAACAUUGCUCCUACUGUUACUUGGGGAACAAGCCCUCAAGAUGUUGUCGCCAUCACUGAGAAUGCUCCUGACCCAAGUAAAAUUAAGGAUCCUAUUCGUCGUGCUGCUGUUGAGCGUGCUUUAGACUAUAUUGGAAUUGCUCCAAAUACGCCUAUGGAAUCUGUUAAGAUUGAUAAAGUCUUUAUUGGUAGUUGUACUAAUUCACGUAUUGAGGAUCUACGAGCUGCUGCUUCAAUCAUCAAGGGUAAAAGGAUUGCAGAUUGGGUCUAUGGUAUGGUUGUGCCUGGUUCUGGUCUUGUCAAACGUCAAGCAGAGCGUGAAGGGUUAGAUAAGGUCUUUAUAGAUGCUGGGUUUGAUUGGCGUGAGGCCGGUUGUUCAAUGUGUCUUGGUAUGAAUCCUGAUCAACUUAACCCUGGGGAACGUUGUGCGUCUACUUCCAAUCGUAAUUUUGAAGGUCGACAAGGUGCUGGUGGUCGUACUCAUCUUGUAAGUCCUGCUAUGGCUGCUGCUGCUGGUAUUCGUGGUUAUCUUACAGAUGUUCGCAAAAUGGAAGCUACUGAUCUUUCUUAUUUAAUUCAAGUGAACAACAGUCCUCGCCAAGAGAUUAUACCUGAACUUGAAUCUGAUGAUGAAGCCAAAAGCGAAACAAGCAUUUCCUCUGAAGACUGCACACCCACCACGCCUAAUUCUAUCAGCAGUACAGGUGGUAUGCCUAAAUUCACAACUCUUAAAGGUUAUGCAGCACCUCUUCAUAUAUCUAAUGUCGAUACAGAUAUGAUUAUUCCCAAGCAAUUCCUCAAGACAAUUAAGCGAACAGGUUUAGGUAAUGCCCUCUUUUAUGCUCUUCGUUUCGAUUCUAAAACAGGUGAAGAGAAUCCAGACUUUAUCCUCAAUCAGACUCCCUUCCGUGAUUCCUGUAUUUUGGUCUGUACAGGCCCUAAUUUUGGUUGUGGUAGUUCUCGUGAACAUGCACCUUGGGCAUUCAAUGACUUUGGUAUCCGAUGCAUUUUAGCCCCUAGUUUUGCAGAUAUUUUUUAUAACAAUUGUUUCAAAAAUGGUAUGUUACCUAUCGUUCUUCCUCAAAAACAAUUAGAGGAAAUUGCUGAGGUAUCCAAGAAGGAAGGCGUUGAAGUUGAAAUUGAUUUGGUCAAUCAAGUGAUUCAUUAUGCUGGUAAUGAAAUUUCCUUUGAUGUGGAGCCAUUCCGCAAACACUGUCUUGUGAAUGGCUUAGACGAUAUUGGUUUAACGAUGCAAAAAGUGGAUAAGAUCUCUGAAUUUGAGUUGAAACGUACUGAAUCAUGGCCUUGGUUGAAUGGCAAGAGCUAUAAAAAGGGAAAGGCCACCAAAUUGUCAACUAGUAAUAAUCAACAAAAUAAGAAAACUAAGCUUGAUUGGUAAUUUUUUUUUUUUUUUUUGGCCAGAGAAUGUGCCUACAUGUUAUAUAAUUUCUUUUUUAUCCAUUUACAUAUUAUAUCUUUCAUUUAUAAGAUUUUCGUACAUACAUUUGUAUGUAAUAUACACAUACAAAUAUCUAUAUAUAAAAUAAAAUGCAUUUAUAUUAUAUUUAAUCUAG